CUUUAUUUAUUUAUAUUUAUUUUUUCCUCUCACAGGAUUUUGAAUCAAUUAAUUUUUUAAAUAAAAUUUAUAUUCUCUUUUUGUAAUUUCAACAAUAAAACAACACAUAAAUGAACAAAGGACCUUCUUAUGGACUCAGUGCUGCUGUUGCCGCAAAAAUUGCUUCAAAAAGAGAUACCGAACAAGAAGAAAGCGUUAAACAAUGGAUUUCUACUGUUUUAAAAGAUGAAGGUUUCUCCUGGAAAGGAACUUAUGACGAACAAUUAAAAGAUGGACAGGUUCUCUGCCGAAUCAUGAAUAAAUUGCAGCCUGGUAUCAUUAAAAAGAUAAAUUCGACAGGAGGGGAUUUCAAAAUGAUGGAAAAUAUAACAAACUUUCAAAAAGCUGCAAGAGAAUACGGCCUACCUGAUUUGGACGUCUUUCAAACCGUUGAUUUAUGGGACAGAAGGAAUAUUUCUCAAGUUACCCAAUGUAUAUUUGCUCUUGGCCGAGUGGCUCAAACCAAACCUGGUUACAACUACCCGAUAUUAGGUCCUAGACUUUCAGAUGAAAACAAAAGAAAUUUUAGCAAUGAACAAAUGCGUGCAGGUGAAGGUAUAAUAAAUCUUCAAAUGGGUUCCAACAAGGGUGCAACUCAAAAGGGCAUGAAUUUUGGUAACACGAGGCACAUAUAAAGGAUAAGCUAUGAAAAAAAAUCGCACUUAAUUAAAAAUAGCAUUACAUUAUUAUUUUAAAAAUAUUUUAUUUUAUGCCAAUUGAUAAAAUAUGUAUACGCUCGCUAUCUACUAAUGUAUUUUUUCAUUCAUUAAUUAUGUUAUUAAUCUUUUCGAUUAUUCAUUACUUUUUAUACAAUUGCUAAAUUUAUAUAGAUGAUUGUAUCAAUGAAAUUUUAUUAUUAUAAUAAACUCAACUUUUCA